AUGAGUUGCAAAGAAGAAGUGAAGAAAAACGUCUCGUCUUCAAAUGGAGGUAAACGUUCGACUAUUUCCCCAAUUAAUAACAUUGAUAGUUCGCACAUAAAGCCACGUUCUCGUUUCUAUACUCCCAAUUUGUCGUACAUAUAUUCAUAUUUUGACCUGAAACAGCUAAAAUAACUUCAACGCACUAAAUUGUCCCUUCCCUAGUCUUUCUAUACGAGAGAAGCCUACUAGAACACGAUUUAAAAUAGCACUUUUUAUAUGUUACUUUAUUUCGACCUUGGACUGUAUAUUUAUCUGUUGUUUAAGGUGUGACUCCUCUUCCCUCUGUUAUAUUUGUAUCAUUUGGUUUUGGUAUUUUGAAAAAUGUAAUUUAACUCAAAGGGUUUCUUAUUGCUAAAACUAUUUUUUGCCCUUCUCCAUUUUCUCUCCUCUUUGCAAUCAUCAAAAAGGUUUUUAAUUUUUGAAAUGGAGAAAAACUAAAUAACAACAAACACUUGUCUUCUAUUUUCUCAGUGGAGGAUGAGGUUGAAGAUGAGGUGCUGAUUUCCCUCUGUGAAUCAAAUGACACUUGUGGAGAUGAUGUGUCAAGUGGGAAGGUAAAAAAUUACUUCUGACUAUAACCCACACCCUAAUACAAACCUAUUUACUUCGAUACGUUAAUAUAGGGUACUAAAUUUUGUAGGAGAACUCUUAUCUUGGUUACAAGUUUGAUUUUAUAGAGGAGUAUAUCGGAGCAAAGACACAUUAUGAUAAGAUUCAGAUUACUUUUUAUUUUUGUGAGACCAUGAGCACCAUUGUUUUUGUUACAUGUUUUUUUUUUAGUUAAGUCAGGGUAUAUUAACCGGUGCUUACAGAUUCCCAACGAUAUUUAGCCUAAAAUAGUUUAAAAUGUUAGAGCAACUAAACAUUUUAACUUACAGCUUCUAGCCAAAAAAAUUAAAUUGUGGAAAUUUUCUGGCAGGAAAAGAAUGGAGAAACCAUCAGUAGGAACAAAUACAAACUACCUGAACUGUUAACAACAAUAGGUCAGCGGGCUUAUUCAAGCAGCGCUAAUGACAAAAGGCUUACAAAGGAAGAAAAUAUGAAGGACGCUGUGAAACCUGUCAAGCAGGAUGAAAACAUGAGUGCUACAGGGACUCGGCAGGAUUGUAGAGAUGGUACCAAAGUGUCCAACAGCUAUCCCAGUGCAGAUGAAGCUACCAUCGGUAUUGACGAGUCGAGAACUGUAAGGUUUAAAAACAACCUCUUUGUGGUAAGUAUACAGAAAAAAAAUCCAACUAUUAAAAUCGUAGACUGCUGACGCGCCUUCACAAUUUUAACUUUAUUUCCUUACUGGUUAUUUGUAGGCGAUCGAAGAGCUGCGGAUUCAGCGGGUACGUAAGCAAAUUUUAAAUGACUCAAGCCAUGAAAUUCACACUCCCACGAGUAUGAUCUCAAGCUGUUUCAAAACUCUGGUGAAGAGAGUGCACCCAGCCAUGUCGCCUCCAGCUCUCUUCAUACUUCUCGCAAAAAACUUAACUCUCCCCUCUCCCCCUCUUAUUUCAUCGGCUAUGCAGGCUUCUUAUGAGUUUUUUUCUCGAGAUUUUUGCUCACACAUGAAAAGAAAUCGUCAGGAACAAAAACUGAAGUAUUUAGGAGCACCAAGAUAGGUUCACUUGCGCAUUUUUUCAUUGGAGUAAAAUAUGCUUAAAUACAAGAAAACUGACGGUGCAUUGGACAAAAACAAAAUCGUGUUGUCCACGUGUUGAGGUGGUCGUAGCAUUUUGUUGAGUGUAAACAGCAAAGGCAAGCAAAUCGCCUAAAGGCGGAAAACACAAGUGAUCAUAAUCGGUUUAAAUUUUGGCUCUUUUUGGUUGAGAGGGUUAACGGUAGUUCUCUAAAUUGAUCAGAGAGCGAAGUCUUCGCUUUGUAUUUGGUCCAGAAAACUUCGGCUAAUCCAAUGCAAUACCGGGUUACUUUAUAUUAUUAAAUUCAAAUUCAUACUUGUUUUCAUUUUGUUAUCAUCAUAACUAUAAUUUAAUUUUGCGCACUUAAAAACUAAAAAAAAAAAAUAUAUAUAUAUAUAUAUAAGCAAAAUAGGCGAAUGAAUAGAUAGAGAAAUAGAUAGGUAAAUAGGUCGCAUAUUUUAAGUGUGUUCUCAUCAAUUUUGAUUUGGGGGGGUUAAAUUAGACCCUUGACGUGGAGAACGAGGAAAAAAUCAGGACCCUGAUGACUGAAAAACAUGAAGAGGAGCGCAUGAAGGUACCUCCAAACCUGCUUUUUUUGUUUUAUGUUUUGUUUUUACAUUUGAAGUCCACUUAGGAUGAAUUUUUAGCAUUUGUUACAAUAAUGGCGACUUCAUAUUUCAGCUGAAAAAACAAACAAUCAAUCAAAUAGAUUACAACGGACUAAUUUGCAUAGCCUUCGAGAUAAAAACAUGGAUAGGAGUUUUUCAUUCGCGUUCUUGCUUUGUUUUCUUAUUAUAGAAAGGAGUCCUUACAUUUCACAAGCGAGUAUAUUU